UGUACAAUUUUCUGAACCUCGUGCUAUGAGCAUAAGAAGAAGAUCUCAGGCGCAAGACCAUUCACAAUGAAACGCAAAGGAAUAGAAAGUGAAUCUCCUCCCUCCAAAAAGCGCAACACCACCGGCGAUGAAACCCCGGAAAUCAAGUCAGCAUUCCGCUCCGACCUCUUCAAUGAGAAGACGGUGCAAUCCUUCCGCAAGGACUACGCGAGUUCAGGACCGUAUCCCCACGCCGUCGUACCUUCGCUGAUCCAAGAUACCCUCCUCCGGUCCGUCAGGAGCGAAAUCAUCUCAUACAUCCACUUCACGCUCAAGGAGACGGACAUCUACCGCAUCCACCAGUCGGGCGACCUCGCCAACCUUUCCAACCUCGACGCCGAGUCCCUCAGACACCUACCCAGUCUCGUACGUCUCCGCGAUGCCUUGUACAGUUCCGACUUUCGAGAGUGGGUGUCGACGGUCACGGGCGCGGGGAAAGUGUCUGGGGAAAAGACCGACAUGGCGGUCAACGUGUACACACCGGGCAGUUACCUGCUCUGCCACGACGACGUGAUAGGCAGCAGGAGGGUGAGCUACAUUUUGUACCUGACGGACCCCGAUCGUCCGUGGCAGGCGGGAUGGGGUGGGGGGCUGAGGCUGUUCCCGACGGAGACCAAAAAGAACAACGCGGGCGAAGACAUCCAGGUCCCUCUGGCCGAACACAGUCUCAACGUCCCCCCGUCAUUCGGGCAGUUGAGUUUCUUCGCCGUCCGACCGGGUGAGAGCUACCACGACGUCGAGGAGGUGUACCCCCGCGGCCCCGACACCGAGGAGGCCGACGACGGAGGUCGAAUCCGCAUGGCGAUCAGCGGGUGGUUCCACAUCCCGCAGGAGGGGGAGGACGGGUUCGAAGAAGGCGUCGAGCAGGCACAGGCUCAAAGGUCGAGUCUCGCGCAACUCAAAGGUGCGGCCAACGAGUUUGACGAGCCGCAGUUGGUGUUUCGCCACUUCGACGAGCCGCGACAGGUCAUGGACAGUCACGCCUCGGGGAGGGAGGUCGAUCCGGGCGACAGAGAAGACCUCGAUGACGAGGUGCUCACUGAGCAGGACCUGACCUUCUUACUGCACUACGUCACGCCGCAUUACCUGACGCCGGACAUGAUUGACGACUUCAGUUCCUCCUUCGCCGACGUGUCGGUGCUGCAGCUCGAGCACUUUUUCAACCCAAAGUUUGCAAACGAGUUGAAGGGGUACAUAAGCGCCGUCGAGGAGGGUUCGUCGGAUGAAAAGACGUCACAAUCCAAAUCUGAUCCGUCGAACUGGAGUGUGGCCCGGCCCCCGCACAAGCAUCGCUUCGCAUAUCUGCAAGGCGUCGAAGCGCUACACAGAGACAAGACGCCUGUUUCUCGGGUCCUGACGGAUCUGCUCCAUUCACACGCCUUCAAAAAGUGGUUGGCGUUGGUCACGGGACUGAAGACGAAGAGUCUGGUCAGACAGAACGUGAUUGCGAGGAGGUUCCGGCGUGGAAAGGACUAUGCGCUGGCGAACCCGUUCCACGGAGAGCAGCCACAACUCGAAUUUACCAUUUCGAUGACGCCGAGUGGAGGGUGGGAAAAGGUCGAAGAGGAUGCGGACGACGGCGGUGAGAACAAUGGAGAUGCCCAGAAAGCAGAGGAAGGGUUCGAAAUGGCCGAAAAGGUGUUGCACAACGGCUUCUCGGCCGUGGAAGAUACGGACGAGAGCCACGACAAGGGCAAAGGAAAAGCGACAGCCGUCGUCGAGCCCGAGAAGGUGCAGGUUUCGUUGCCGACGGAGAUCGAGUACGGUGGUGAGGAAGUCUACAUGGCAGGGGACGAUGAUGACAACGCCUCGGUCCACUCCAAGUCACUGCCCAACGUGGGCAAGAAGGCCGAUCCGGCCGUUUACAAGUCCUCUUCGAUGGGCGAGAACGACGAGGACGAUGGGAUCUUGUUCACGAGUCCACCGGCGUGGAACAGGUUUAGUGUCGUACUCAGGGACAAAGGAACGUUGAGGUUUGUCAAGUACGUGAGUCGGGCUGCCAAGGGGGACAGGUGGGAUAUCAAAGGGGAAGUCCAGGUUAGCGAAGAUGCGUGGGAUGACGUUGAUGGGGAUGAAGAGGAAGAGGAGGAGGGGGGUCUUGAUGAGGAUGAUGAAGAUGAAGAGCAAGGUGAAGAUGACGACGAGGAUGAGGAAGUAGAUGGUCAGUAGCCUUCGACCGAGGCAAAAUACCAAAAGAGUUUUUCGAAAAGGGUCGGUCUGGAUAGGGGUCGAUAGAUGUACAGAGUGUAGCCGAUGUAAAUACGACUAGGAAAGUGUAUUCAAACGAUGCC